AUGGCUACUACUACAACACCAAUUGAUAUCAAUGUAGAUACCCCUGCUACUACAGAGGACGAUAGGCCAUUAAAGAAGCCAAGAACAGAGGAUGAUGAUGUGUUAAUGACAACUGCCGCACCAAUAGAUACUACUACACCAACUAGUCCAACAACUUCAACACCAACAAGCACUACUUCAACUGUUACACCAACAUCAACGCCAACUUCAACCACAAAACCAUUCGAUAGUGUAGCCAUUAAUACUGGACGUGUCAACAUGAUGAUGUUCAACCUACCAAAGAAUAUGGAUACUGGUCGAUUCCAGAAGCUACUAACAAAGAAUGGUACAACCUAUGUCAAAGCAAAGAAGGUGUUCAAAGAGCAGUUCGCUGUUGUAACCUUGGAGAGCGUCGACUUGGUACAACCAUUCAUCGAGAAGUGGAAUGGCUUUGACUUGGAUGGUGUAAAGUUAAAGGCACAAGAGAAGACUGGUAGACAAGACAAUGACAACAACAAUAAUAAUAACAAUAAUAAUAGGAAUAAGCGUGGAAGAGAUGAUUCAUCAUCAGGUGGUGGUGCCGACGCACCAUUGAGAUUGAUAGAGGACAUUGUCAAUCCAUGGCACAACAUCGAGUAUAGCGUGCAGUUGGAGAAGAAGCGCGCGGGCGUCUUGGACGUGCUCACCAACAUGACCACGGCCAUCAGGAAGGAGUGCACAAAGCAGCCCGACUGGCUGCUGGAGAAGAAGGGCCGCCAGCUGGCGUGUCCGCUCGAGGAGAUCAUCGCAUCGCCCGUCGUGUCCAACUAUCGCAACAAGUGCAGCUACACGAUCGGUCGCAAGGAGGACCAGACACCCUGCAUCGGAUUCGCACUGGGUCGCACAGGCAAUGGCAUCACGGUCGUCGGCGAUCCAUCCAACUGCCAGAUCAUAUCUGGUCGCUCAAACGCAGUGCGUCGCCAUCUCGAGACGUACGUCCUGGCCCAUGCGCGCCCACCCUUUGACAAGAUGACGCACACUGGCUUCUGGCGCCAGUUGACAGUUCGCGACUUUACCACGGGCGAGACGAUGGCCACUGUUCAGUUCAAUCAUCGUGGACUCACCGAGCAGGAGAUCAAGGACGAGUCAGCUGCACUGAUCGCACACUUUGACAAGGCCAAGGGCACGGAUGCCGAGGUUACCAGUCUGUCAAUCCAGUGCUAUGACGGCGUGUCCAAUGCUGCCCCAGUCGAUCUUCCCGUCCUGCUGAUCGCCGGCACAGAGACCGUGGCCGAGCAGCUGCUCGGACUCAAGUUCAACGUGUCGUCAAACGCAUUCUUCCAGGUCAACACCAAGGCCGCCGAGCUGCUCUUCUCCCGCGUAGUUGAUUGGGCCGGCGUCUCGGCGCGCAACAUUGUGCUCGAUGUUUGUUGUGGCACUGGCACGAUUGGCCAGUGUUUGUCAAAGCAGGCACGCCAUGUCUAUGGUCUGGAGAUGGCGCCAGACGCCGUCGAGGACGCCAAGGUCAAUGCCAAGUGCAACGGCAUCACCAACGUCGACUACAUUGUUGGCAAGGCCGAGGACACUAUGGACGGCCUGCUAGCCACCAUUGGCAGGACGUACAACGAUGUGAAGGAGGGCGAGAUCAUUGGCAUUGUCGAUCCACCACGUGCAGGCCUACAUCCCAGCGUCAUCAAGUGUCUCCGUCAGUUUGAAUCGAUGAAGCGAUUGGUCUACGUGUCUUGCAACCAAAACUCACUGAUACAAGAUGCGGCCAAACUAUGCAAGAGCAUCACCAACACCAUGAGAGGCACGCCCUUCAAGCCUGUCAAGGCAUUGGCCGUCGACCUCUUCCCACACACAGAGUUGGUAGAAGUUGUCGUACUCUUUGAGCGCAUUGACCUCCAUCGUGCCCCUGCCGUAGUAGUUGCCCCUGUAGUAGUCGCCCCUGUUGCUGUUGCUGUUGAUGUCGCGUCAACAGUUACCGAUGCACCUGUCGUAGCCCCAGCCACAUCCAACGAGACUUCAACAACAACGACAACAACAACUUUAGAGAGUUGA